AUGCGUCGGACGGCGAAUAAUAACAGCAGCGUCACCGAUCUCCAAGCGCUCGUGGCGAGCGAGGUGGAUGUUGGGGGACGUUCGAGCGGCGAUCUUAGCGCGCAGAGCGGCGCGAGCGAAACGCGAGGGGACCGCGUUUUCGUCGUGAGUAACACGUUACCGCUGAAGAUGCGGGAAGACGCGGCGGCGGGGAAGAUGUAUGGACACGCGUACGCGUUUGAGGCGGACGAGGAGAGCAUAUACGAUCAAUGUCGUGAAGGCGCGUUGAAGGGUGGGCAAUUCGAGGUUGUGAUAAACGUCGGACAGUUACCGAUGGAGGUGCCGAUGGAGAUGCAGGAUGCGGUGGCGAACGAUUUAGAGCGACGGUAUAACUGUAUGCCGGUGUUUCUGCCAAAGGAGGUGAAGGAAAAUUUUUACAACGGGUUCUGCAAGCAGUACAUGUGGCCGCUCAUGCAUUACGUGUUGCCGAUGUCGCCGAUGGACGCGAGGUUCGAGACGCAUCAGUGGCAGGCAUACAUCGCUUCGAACAAGCGAUUCGCGGAUAAGUUGAUGGAAACGGUGAGCAGUGAUGACGAUUUGGUGUGGGUGAACGACUAUCACCUCAUGCUGUUGCCGACGUUUUUGCGAAAGCGUUUCAACGCCGUCAAGUGCGGCUUCUUUUUGCACUGCCCUUUUCCGUCGAGCGAAAUCUUUAGGACGACACCGACGCGGGAUUUGAUCCUGCGCGGACUCUUAAAUGCCGACUUCGUCGGGUUUCACACGUUCGAUUACGCGCGUCACUUUUUGUCUUGCUGCACUCGUUUACUCGGAUUAAACCAUAGAAUGGAGCGCGGGUCGCUCGUGAUAGACAAUCACGGCAGGCUCGUCUCGGUGAAAAUCUGUCCGACUGGCGUCAAGAUAUCUCGCUUGCAACAAGUUUUAGAUACCGACGUGUGCAGGAAUAGACGCCAGGAGCUCCUCAAAGAGGUCGCGGGGCGCAAAAUCUUGCUCGGCGUCGAUGAUUUCGACGAGUUCAAGGGCAUAGAUCUUAGGAUGACUGCGUUUGAGCGCAUGCUCGAAGAGCACCCCAGGCUCGCCGAACAGGUGUGUCUCAUGCAGACGUGCACCCCGCCUCGCUCGAGUGGAAGGGAUAUCAAUGAGCUGCGCAAUACCGUGAAUGAGUUGGUGGAGAGGAUCAACGCCAAGUAUUCGGUGAACGGCGUCCCAGUGCUCAAGUUUGAAAUCAAGCCCGUGGCGAUUCACGAGCGCAUCGCUCUGCACUCUGUAGCAGAUGUUUCCGUCGUCACCGCAACGCGGGAUGGGAUGAACCUCGCUCCGUACGAGUACAUCACGUGUCGACAAGGGCCCUCGGACGAGGCGCGGGGCACGGCGGAGGGUUUUUCCCUACCGCGCCAAUCCGCCUUGAUUAUUUCAGAGUUCACGGGGUGCUCACCGUCGCUCUCUGGCGCGCUUCGCGUCAACCCCUGGCACAUUCAAGACGUUGCGGAUGCGAUGUAUAAAGCGCUUCAAAUGAGCGGUCACGAGCACGAGGCUCGACACGAGAAACACUGGCGAUACGUGAGCGAGCAUCACGUCGGAUUCUGGGCGCAAUCCUGUCUGGCUGAGUUACAGCGCGUGACGGAGAAAGCGAACGGCAACAGGUGCUAUGGCUUGGGCUUCGGCUUGAACUUCAGAGUCGUCCAUCUGAGCUCUCAGUUCCGAAAGCUCGACACGCCCACUGUCGUCGCCGAUUAUCUCAAGGCGAAGCGGAGAAAGCUCGUUAUUGAUUACGACGGUACGCUCGUUCCGCUGGUGUCCUACGCACAACCGCCGUCGGCGCAUUUAUUAUCCCUUCUCACCGUUCUCACGAGUGAUCAAGCGAACGAGGUGUGCAUCGUCUCUGGACGCGAGCGCGGGACCUUGGAUAAAUGGUUUGGCAACAUUCCCAGACUUUGGAUGGUCGCGGAACACGGGUAUUGGUUCCGGAAGGGCUCGGACGUGGCGUGGAAGGAGCUCGCACCUAUCGGCACCGACACGAGCGUUCACGAGUGGAAAGAAACCGUCUUACCGAUCCUAGAGCAAUACUCGGAGGCUACGGACGGUUCAUUCAUUCAAACGAAGGAGAGUGCGUACGUCUGGCAUUAUCGCGACGCCGACCCCGACUUCGGGGCCUGGCAGGCGAAGGAGCUUCUUGACCACCUCGAUAGCGUUUUGCACGGCGACGGAGUCGACGUUAUCUCUGGCAACGGCACCGUGGAGAUCAAGCCCAAGGGCGUGCACAAGGGUCUCGUCAUCGACGAGCUCCUCAACGUUGACGAGGCCGCGUCCAACGUCGCCGAUUUUGUGCUCGCGGUCGGCGAUGAUAAAUCCGACGAGGACAUGUUUAGCGCCGUGGCGACGCACACCGCGCUCCCGCUCUACGCUGGCUCGAGCGUGUACACGUCCACCAUCGGUCAAAAGCCGAGCAAGGCCCCCGCGUACCUCGACGACACCGAUGACGUGGUCAAUCUCUUGCAAACCCUCGCGCAGUACAACGUGUGCCACAGGCACUGA